ACGAUAGACUAUGUAAUGUGGAUAUACUUGAAGCGUCAUUUAUUUAUCAAAUCGGCUCCACCUCUCCCUCUUCGGUUCCGGAUCGAGUCGGCCAGAACCUCUUCAUGCAGAGCUCCAGAACCAAACAUUCGUGUGUUUGGAACGGAUAGAGAUAAUAUCGGCAGCAAGUUGAAGGGAGAUGGAGGGCCACAAAGAGGUGCCACGUUCUUCUCUGCACCACACCGCCAUGCCUUCUCACCACCAUCGCUCAAGCUCAGAACCAUGGCGUCCAUGGCUGCUAUCUUGUCCUCCUCUACAACUUCUCCUCCUGCAUCUUCCCAACUCCACCCACCAGCACCACCACUGCCCACGAGAUCCCACCUCCCCAGCCUCGGUCGUCGCCCUCUCCUGUUCCUCACUGCCACCUCCUCACUCUCUCUGCGCCCGCCGCUCCUCUCUCGUGCAGAAGAAGCCCCGUCUCCUUCAUCGCAACCACCACCAAGCCUCUUCUCCCCCACUGGUUUAGACACCACCAUCACCGACCGCAUCUUCAUGGACUUCACCGCCUGCCCUACCUAUUUCAGGCCGGAAAGGACGCUGGAUAAUGAAUUCUCCCCUUGCACUGAUGGCGAGCUCCUCGGUAGGGUCAUCCUUGGCCUUUACGGCAAGUUGGUGCCACUUACAGUGGAGAAUUUCAAGGCCCUGUGCACAUCCACUUCUUCUUCUUCUUACAAGGGGGUCCUCGUGCACAAGGUCUUUCCUGGGCAGUACCUCAUGGCGGGAAAGCAGGGGAGGAGAGACAAAGGGGAGGUGCAGCCCCCUCUCCAUCUCAAGAGGAACACCGAGACCGUUGACCCUCUUUCGUUCCGGCUGAAGCACGUCCGCCCUGGGACGCUGUCACUCUGCCUAUCGGAAAAUGACGAUGACAAUAACCGGAAACUCGAUUCUGACUACCGGAAUGUUGAAUUCCUUAUCACAACCGGCCCUGGCCCCUGCCCCGAUCUCGACAAUCGAAAUAUCGUCUUUGGAACUGUGCUAGAAGGGUUGGAUGUGGUGACCAGAAUAGCUGCUAUCCCAACGUACAGGCCAGCACAGAGGAUACGCCAGUUCAACGAACUUGCACAGUUCCUGGGUGAUGAAAGAGCUCAGAUUGCCCGAAACAUUUGGAAUCGCCCACUGAAGGCAAUCUACAUCAGUGACUGUGGGGAGCUUAAGGUAGCAAAACCUUCCCUACCUCCUACAUUACCCUGAACCUUUUCUCCCUCCUGUAUCCCAAAUAUACAUUAAGAUCUCCCUGAAGUUGUCCGGACUUCUCAUUGGCCAUGUUUUGUUGAGAAAAUUUUCCGAACACCCAUUGGAUCUGUAAGUUGAUUGAGACGUUGGGUUGGUGCAUGGAGAUAUCUGGUUGCAGGAACAACUUCAACAUCUUUUACCUAAAAAAUGAAAAGAAAAUAAUAAGAAACGGUGAAUGGCAUAAAAUUGUUUGCUUGAUUGUUACUGUAAGUCACUUAAUUUUCGAUCA